AACAACACCAAUCUUGAUAUGUUUAAAGUCUAUUCUUUCAAAUGAUUGAAUGAUUUUUCAAAUUGGUAGUCCAUGAGGCUAUGGUCUAGCAAAUGGUCUCUUAUAUUAGAUGCUGAUUGUGGGGCAACUUAGGUCAUCACCAAGCUUCCUUUGUGCUUGGAUUUAGGUAUUUAGCUGGCUAUUCAUCAUGUUAUAUGCGUGGGAACAUUGUGCGCCUAGGUGUAGUGUGUUUUAAGUUUUAACUUGAAUGAUCUUGUUGAAGGUUUUUGGGCUUUUGCCUAACCUGGAGGCCUAUGGUGGGAGGGUUGCCUUGGUGGAAUUGGUGGAAAUUCUUGCCCAGUGUAUAGGAGACCUUGGUGAUCCUUUCUGUAGUGUUAUUGCGUGUUUUAGUGGAAAUGGCAACAAUCUCAAACUGGAAUUUAGUUCGUCCGUGAGGAUGAAUGAAGUAACAUAGUCUUGCAGUACUUAAGUAAUGAUGGCCUUAUUGUUUCUGGCAACAAUUUCCGCAGAAUACGUGAUGUGGAUAUGAAGCAUGACUACGCCUUUGUUGAAUUUAGUGAUCCACGAGAUGCAGAUGAUGCUAGGUACAGCCUAGAUGGUAGGGAUAUUGACGGUAGUCGUAUCAUUGUUGAGUUUGCAAGGGGGGUACCUCGUGGUUCUCGAGACCAUCCAGGUAGAGGUCCUCCACCAGGAUCUGGUCGCUGCUUUAAUUGCGGCCUUGACGGGCAUUGGGCUAGAGAUUGCAAAGCUGGUGAUUGGAAGAACAAAUGUUAUCGCUGUGGAGAAAGAGGUCACAUAGAGAGGAACUGUAAGAACAGUCCAAAGAAGCUCAGGCGUUCACCUGUUAGACGUGGCAGAAGCGGAAGCAGGAGCAGGAGCAGGAGCAGGAGCAGGAGUUACAGCAGAGGCCGGAGCUACAGCCGAUCAAGAUCACCAGCCAAAAGAGACAGCAGCAUUGAGCAUGAUGAUAGAUCACGGAGCCCUGUGCCAAAGAAUAGCCCACCCCCUUCCAAGGGGCGGAAGCGUAGCCUGACACCUGAUGAAGACAGUCCACAGGAGAGACGUAGCCCUUCUUCACCCAGAUAUGAGAAACGGGCUUCUCGUCAGGAUGAAGCUGAGAAUGGUGAUAGUCCCAGGGAAAGGAAUGGGAGCCCUGCUGGUCCAGAAGAUAGUCCUGCAGGAAGGCCACUUUCUGAAACCAAUGGUCACAGCCGGAGUCCCAGUCCAAGGGAUGACAGGAGCCCUGUGGAUGAUGAUUAUGAGGAUCGUCGCAGCCCAAGAGGCAGUGAGUCACCGUGAAGUGUGUCCUACUAAUCCAAGUUAUGCACUGUUGUGGUUUGAUUACCACAAUACUUAAAACGUAGAUUGUAUGGUAUAAAAUCUUGGUUGUUAAGGUUCAUUUGAGUAGUUUCUGGAGCUUUAUGAGUUUGCAUUUUGUUGUUGCUGUGAACCUGUUCCUGAGUUAUACCUGCAUUUUAACAUUUUUCGAAACUCUUUAUGAGAUAAAAAUAAUUUUUAUUG